GCCAGGCCAAACACUCUGACCUAAAAUCCUCACGUGGACAACCUUUUAGCUCCUAACUAUUCACCUCACCUACAGAGAGACGCAAUUAGUUUUAAAGCCGCAUUUCAACUGAUUAUACCUAGAAAACACCUCAGUCUCGUUGCAGGAAGCAGUUGGGAACCGGCUUUAGAGUCGACUAAAAAAAACCUAAGCCAUUUUGCAGUUGGGACUUCCUCCGUCCGGCGCGCUACUUCCAUGCGGUUGGCGUGACACCAUGCCCGCGUCAGCGCCCUACUCGCCCACGCCACUCAACUCCUCGCCUCUCCCCAAGCGUCCGUCAGACGGCUUUGAGGCCCUCAAAGCACCCAGAGGAUCAGCCUGGGGGACACUGGUGGCGGCGCUAGCGGUGGUGGUGCUGCUGGCGUGCGCACCCCUCUCCUGGCGCCUCAGCACCAAGCCCUGGCGGCCCCACCUGUACCCGCCGGUCUGCCGCCCGCCCACCCACGUGCACGCCCAGGCGGAGCAGCUUCCACGGGUGUUCAUGUUCAUCGGGACUGAGGGGAGCGGGCACGACCUGUUUGAAUACAUCUUCAGCUACCUCCCAGUGAACAUCAGCAUCGACCGCUUCAACCCCGACCUGCACCUGACCUCGUCACCGCAGCAGAAGGUGGCGACUGCUCAGGACCCCACCGGCGCCACGGUGGACUGUCCCAAGCUGCCAUACCCCCGGCACGUCUACGACUUUGGCGUGCGCAUGUCGUCCACACUCAAGGCGAAACUGCAGGACACCAACUACUAUCUGAGGGCCAGGGACCCCUUCCCCAUGGGCCGCAUUCGGACACCCCUGGCUCGGCCGGACCUCAUCUCACUUGCCACCUUCCACGGCAUUCUGUACAAUCUCAAGCUCGUGGUGCUCGUGCGCAACCUUACAGACACGGUGCUCUGGUCGGUCCUCCGCCGCUUCCACAAUGACGACGUGGGGCUGCAGGCGCGGCUGAUAGAGGACAGCAUGGUCUACAUUGAUGCUUCGCUCAGGGCUCUCCCGUGCGGCACGUUCAGCCUCAUAGACGUGGAUGCACUAGUCAAGAGACCCAAGACCGCCUCUGCUUCCCUGGCUCAGUUCCUUGGCCUGCCAGGAGUGGCAAAAGAAGAGGUGUUCAGCGCCAUACAGCGCGGCAAGGAGAAGUGGGAGCCGACCCUCACAGUGCAGAGCGGCCUGGGUGCCACGGCUGACGGCGACGAUGCUGCAGAGGUCACGUUUGACGGGCAAGCGCUCGAGGUGUUUUUUCAGCAGCGGGUGGGGCUGUGGCCGCUGCUGGAAGCAGCCAAGGGGAAGCCGGUGUUCGUACCGCACACCCCGCAGGACUGGCCCCUCGAAUGAUUCUCUAGGGCCCUUUGACUUCCCAAGUCACUUCUGGCGAGCAUGCAUUUGCGGUGUUUCUCUGCCAAGGUAGGGGAAGCCGGUCUUUUAGUGCCGCACGCACACACCCCGCAGGGUUGGCCUCUGUCAUGGGUUGACUUGGUGAUCGCACAUGAUGCAUCGCAGCCGGCCCAUGAGACUGGCCUUUCAAGCAGAAGGCUGGGUUGCUGUUUAGAGGUGCUAUCACUCAUUCUGUCUGCCAUCUCAUUCUACUGUAGAGUGCAGUAUCCUAUUGGCCCAUGGAAGAGUAGCCUCCAUUGUAUAUCACUUGCGUUGCAGGUCUAACCUGUCCUUUUUUCUGGGUGCAAUACAUUUCCGAAAUUUCU